GGUCCUGCGCAGAAUACAGAAAGUGGCUGCUAGCUUCUUCAGAUGUUAUUGUCAAAUAAUUACGGUUAAAUUUAAUAUUUAUCGACCUAAUAACCAUGGAGCUGUCUGAAAUACUGUAUAACAAAGCGGAAUAUAUCGAGACGGCGUCUGGUAACAAAGUGAGCAGGCAGUCGGUGUUGUGUGGGAGCCAGAACAUCGUUCUUAAUGGCAAAACUAUUGUUAUGAACGACUGCAUCAUCAGAGGAGAUCUGGCCAACGUCAGAGUGGGGAGACACUGUGUUGUGAAGAGUCGGAGUGUAAUUAGACCACCUUUCAAAAAGUUCAGCAAAGGAGUGGCUUUUUUCCCACUGCACAUCGGAGACCACGUCUUCAUCGAGGAGGACUGUGUGGUGAACGCAGCACAAAUUGGUUCCUACGUCCACAUUGGCAAGAACUGUGUCAUCGGUCGUCGGUGUGUGCUCAAAGACUGCUGCAAGAUCUUAGACAACACUGUGCUUCCACCUGAGACAGUAGUGCCACCUUUCACAGUCUUCUCCGGAUGUCCAGGUUUGUUUUCAGGAGAGCUGCCUGAGUGCACACAGGACCUGAUGAUUGACGUGACCAAGAGCUACUACCAGAAGUUUCUGCCCCUCAGUCAGAUCUGAGUCACYCUCCUGAACCCUGACCCAGCUCCCGUCUAGUCAAAUGCUUCAUUUGGACUGUGAUGAAAAAUCAUUUUGUUUUUGACUAACGAAGUGAAAACACACAGGAAAUAAAGUGACAGCUCGAACGGUUGCAGCUCAGCUUUUGAAUCUAAAAGUCUUUUCAAACAUUAUAUCAUUUGUUUAUUUCUGACCUUUUAGCUCUUAAGCUGCAGUCCCAGGUGAAGAUAAAAAAGGUGGAGGAGCAAAAAAAAGAUGCUUAAACACUUUUGGACCGAACGAGUAGCAACAAAUUCUUCAGCAGUAAUUUCUGUACAUGUUUUACACCUGCUGAAGAAUUAAAUGUAGUUUUGUUUUAAAAUGUUMGGCUUUUUCACUAAUUGUAUCUGARUAUAUAAGUAUUUAAUUUGUUGCAGAUUGUUUUCAAGCUUCUGUUAAUGGGAUGAUGUUGCAGUACAGAUGCUGAUAUUAAAAGAAUAUUAAUGAACAAAAAUGGAUUAAAAUUGUCUCAUGAA